UUCUCUGUCCAGAUGCUUCAGCCUGAAUGUCUGCUUGCUGCGAGGAGGGCCUCACUCACCUGCCUGCAUCAGAACAAUGUGUGACCAGCAGCAGAUUCAGUGUUGCCUGUCGCUCCCCCAGUGCUGUGUGAAGAAUUCCUCCUUCUACCCCUCCCAGUCCCCCAGUGCCAAGAGUCAGGUGGUAGUCCAAGUCCCCUGUGAGAUGCAAAUUAUGGAGUGUCCUGCACCAUGCCCAGCUCAAGUUUCCCAGGUAAAAUGCCAGGCUCCAUGUCAGUCCCAGACUAUGCAGGUGAAGUGCCAGGCUCCAUGCCAGUCUAAGACCACACAAUCGAAGUGCCAGGCUUCAAGUAAGUCUAAGACCACCCAGGUGAAGUGCCACGCUCCAUGUCAGUCUCAAGUCUCCUGUGUUCAAUGCCAGGGCCCAUGCCAGCCUGAGGUUUCCUAUGUGCAGUGUGAAGCUCCAUGCCCUGUUCAGACCUGCUAUGUAGAAUGUGCUCCCGCUUGUUAUACAGAAACUUGUUACAUGGAAUGCCCAGUCCAGACCUUUGUACCCUAUCCAGCUCCUCAGCCUGUCCAGACUUAUGUGGCUUGUAACCCAGCUUCCCAGACUCAGGGAAGAUUCUCAACCCAGUGCCUGUAUCAGGGCUCCCAAGUCAGAUACGCCCCGCAGCGUCAGUCCCCUGCUUCCUACAGCAACUGCACUCCACAUUUCCAAUCCGGGGCUUCCUAUAGCACCUGUACCCCACAGUUCCAAUCCAGGACUUCUUACAGGAACUGCGCCCCUCAGCGUCAGUCUCGGGCUUCAUUUAGCACUUGUGCACCUCAGUGCCAGGCACGCGAGUCUUACGGGAGCUUCCCUGUCCAGCGUCACUCCCAGAGCACCGGCAGAUGCCUCCCUCCUCGCCAGCAGCAGCCUUCCUACCGCAGCUGUUCCCCUCCAAGACGGUCUGAGCCCUACACCAGCUGGCUGCCAUCAGCAUCUUCUUCAAGUUCCUAUAACUACUGCACCCCACCGCGUCGCUCUGAGCCCAUCUAUAGCAGUGGCUGUCCUCAGGGUCCCACUUCAGGCUGCUCUCGGAGAUGCGGUCCCAAGGGCCGGGUAGAGAUUUCCUCCCCGUGCUGCCCCAGGCAGGUGCCCCCGCAAAAGUGUCAGGUUCAGAUUCCUCCCAUCAGACGUUGCCCUGAGAGUUGUGCCCCACGACCCUUCUGGGGCGCCUCUUGCCCAGAGCUGAGGCCACGUGUAGAGUCACGUCCACUCCCAAGCUUCUGUCCACCACGGCGUCUGGAUCAGACUCCAGAGAGAUCACUGCAGCGAUGCCCGCUUCCUGCCCCACGUUCAUGUCCACGUCCUGCUCUACGGCCAUAUCCACGCCCAGAGCCAUGUGCAAGGUCGGAGCCCCGUCCAUGUCCUCCACUGCGGCGUCGUUCAGAACCCUGUCUGUGUCCGGAACCACAUCCAGCCCCGCGUGCAGCCCCAAAUCCCAGAUCAGUGCAGCGUGAAUUUCCCGAGUCACGUCCAUGUCCACAGCCCUGUGAGCACCCAGAACCUUCCUCACUUCCAGAGCCAAUUCCCCUUCCAGCACCCUGCCCAAGCCCAGAGCCAUGUGUGGAGCCUAGGUGCUGUCCCAGCUCAAGCUCAGGACCAAAUGCAAUCCCAUGCCCCGGAGACCUAGGCUGUCAUGAGUCCAGCCCAUGCCGCCUGGACACUGAGGGCCCCAGCUGUGGCCCAAAUGGUUAUAACCAGUGGCAAGGAAGUGGUGACAGCUUUGGACCUUGCGAUGGGAUUCCAGAGCCACAGGGUUUCAGUAAUUGUGGAGACCAAGGAGGCACCUGUGUUGGAGUGAAAGGAGGUUCCUCUUCUGGAACAAAGGGUGCUUAUUUUUAAGGAAGCAUGGUUGAGACAUCCCUGCCUCCUGCCCUGAAAAUGUCAUGCCUCCUUUCCCAGCAACCUCAAUUUCCAACAUGUUCUCUGUGCAUCUUCCAAAGACAGUCGGAAGUUCCUUGAUGCAGAAGUGAUGUCCAAACUGCAUUGCAUGCCACCUCAGGAUCCACACCUUAAUCUUGAGCACCUUUCCAGCCUACAUCUGGCUCCUCCCCUGUACACACCCUCAGUUCUAGCCAAACCAGUCUGGCUACCAGGGCACAUCUGGAUGUUCUCCAGAAUAUACCUUAGAUGUCCCUGACUCCAAGCCUCUGCUCACUUCCCACCCUCCUUGCAUGGACCACUUCUCUGCUAUGCCCAGCCUCUGAAAUCCAGCCCAUCUUUCAAUACAUCUUCCUUGGAGUCUUUUCUGUUUGUUCCUACCCACAGGAGCCUACACUGACUUCCUAGAACUCAUUACAUUGUCUAUACCAGCCACUUGGUAACU